GGGUGAUUCACAAGGUAAUGGAAAAAAAAGGAUUAUAAAACUUGGACCAUAGAAGAGAGUAAUGUCUUGCUUCAGCUAAUGGUUGAAAGUGCCAAACUUGGCCUUCGUGAUAUAAAUGGUGUGAUAAGUAAACAAAUGGUAGAGACCAGACUCCUUCCUAAACUUAAGGAAAAGCUUGGUUAUGAAAUUAGUUUUAAUCAUUACCAAAGUAGACUCAAAUGGUUUAAAAAACAAUACUCCAAUUACUCUCAACUUAUGCGGCACAACUCUGGAUUCGGAUGGGAUGCAUCCACAAAGAAAUUCACUGCUUCCGAAGAAGUAUGGGCUGACUACCUGAAGUCACAUAAAGAACAUGCACACCUUCGAUCAGAAACUUGUCCGGACUAUGAGGAUCUGAGAAUCGCAGUGGGAAAUGGAACUGCAACUGGGAUGGGUGCAAUUGGUCUUGGUGAAAAUAC